UGUUAUAGCUGUGUUGGCUUCUUUGGCCUCCUCAGAGGUGGCGAAUUUACAGUCAAUAGCCCUUUUGAUGCUUCUUUGCAUUUGACUCAUGCUGACAUACAGGUUGACGCCCCUUUGAACCCUCAAAGUGUUCGCGUGUUUAUCAAGUACUGAGAGACAGACCCUUUCCGAAAGGGCUGCUUCGUCUUUCUUGGUUGCGGCUGCGCCCCUCUAAGUCCUGAAGUUUCCUUGGUAAUUACCUUCACCUUCGUGGACCGGGCCCUGGACCUCUAUUUCUUUACCAGGAUGGUACUCCUCUUUCUAGAUCCGAGCUCUCUGCGUUCUUAAAAACUACCCUCUACCCCCUAUCUACAGUCAGCAGGUGUUCCUGGAAAUUUCUCCGGUCAUAG